AUGCCUUCAAUAUCGAACCCACGCCAAGCAGCCGCAUUGUCGGCCCUCGCGGACCUCAAACUGCCCAAAGACCUACACAUUUCCCCGGACGGGUCCAAAGUCGUAUAUGCGCUUGAGGCGUUCUCGCGCAAGGAGAGGGCUGCUACGUCGUCGCUUUGGAUUGCAGAUGUUGGUGUGAACCAUUCGGCUCGUCAGAUUACGUCGGGGCUCUUCAGGGAUGAAAAGCCGAGGUGGUCGCCGGAUGGUCGGUAUAUCGCGUUCUUGUCGGAUAGGGCUGGAAGGGGACGAGGAGGUGUGAUUUACUUGCUCGCUCUUGGAGGGUUUGGCGAGGCGUAUCCGGUUGCUGAGGGUGUUCAGGGGGUGAAGGAGUUUGAGUGGAGUGGUGACGGGAGGUUCAUCGCUUUCGCAAGUACGGAUGGAGAUGGAGAUGGCGAUGACGCUGGAGAGGACGACACGGACAAUCCAGUGGUCUUUGGAGGAGAGGAAGAAGAAAGCAGCAGUCAGCGUCUGCGCAUUGUCGAAGUUGAGAGGAGGAGCGUCCGCACAUUGACCCCAGCAGACCACAACGUGGACUUGUUCUCAUGGAGUCCGACAUCUUUGGAGAUCGCCUACACCGUAUCAGGAGCAGUCUCCGAGUCUCAAUUCAGUAGUAGCCGGAUUGAAAUUGCGUCUGUUGACAGCGGCUCCAGAAGGACGUUCAUCAAGGCAAAAGGGCCCGUCACAUCACUGGUCUGGACUGAACGAGACAAGCUACAUUUCAUCGCUCGUCCUACGCCUCCCUACACCCAGCCUGCUGUCUACGAAGCACGGAUCAAGUCCAAGCAGUAUGGCAGCUACUUUGGCUGGGAUGGAGAAGCCAUCUCUCUCCACCGCGCUCGAGACUCGGUCAUCGCCCGCAUCCAGAACCCUAACAACGAAGCCGCGCACGCACUCGGGGUCGAGAGCACCUCCUGGCCAUUCCCCAGCUUCUUCAAAUCCGAAUACGAAAUCACAUCCUUUGACGCAUUCCGCAGGCCAUCCUCAGACGACUUCACACUCGCCAUCGCGCGCAGCAGCCCCCAGGUCGCGAACGAGGUAUGGUCUGUAACCACCAACAAGACAGGCGGCAGCAGCCUGGUCAAGCUCUCAUCGCACAACUCCACCUUCGACGGGUUCCGGUCAAAGCGGAUCUCAACGACUGGUUCAGACGGGUGGGAAUGCGACGGGUGGCUCUUCACCCCGAGGCCAUCAGUAACGAUAUCCCGCCGUCUCCCGCCAACAGUCGUGCUGCUUCGAAGCCAUCCAACCCUCCCCUCUUUCUCCAUGGGCCCCCAUCUAGAUGUAGCGCAUCUAACAGCAGCCGGCUAUGCAGUGCUAUGUCCAAACCUCCGAACAACCGGCAGCGGAGGCGGAAUCGGCGAACGCUACGCCGACCUAAUCGCGAUCCUCAAAAAAGCCGUAUUAGAGAACCUCGUCGACGAGUCCCGCGUGACGAUAAGCGGCUGGUCAGACGGGGGAUUCCUAACCUCACUCGCGGUGAUCCGAAACGAGUUCAGUUUCCGCGCAGCCGUUUGUGGCGGCGGCGUUGUGGAUUGGGAUUUCGUCAAUGCGAAUAGUGACCCCUUUUGGCCCGCGCCGGAUAUUCCGAGUUUGUCUUCGUCGCCGCGUGGAUAUGCCCGUUCUAUCUCGACUUCUACUACUUCUACUUCUGAUGCGGUGUCGGAUGGGAAGAGCGGCGCGGAGAAGCGGAAGACGCCGCUUCUCAUCCUCCAUGGGCGCGAGGACGAUCAGGUCCCUGUGUCUGGGCCGUUGGCGUUCUGGCGGGAGAAGCAGCGGUGGAAUGGACCUGUCCAGAUGGUGUUGUAUCCCAAAGAGAAACAUGUUAUUAGGGACCGGAGGCAUCUACUUGAUUUAUGGACGAGGGUGCUCCAGUUCUAUGAUAGGUAUUUGGUGUAA